AUGGAGCACCACCAUCCCUCUGCUCUACACGCCGGUCCACCAGUCGACGACCACGACUCAGCCCUACCACCUCAGCACAGAAUGGAGACCGCUCACAUUUCGCAGCAUCAGCAAAACUUCUUCUACCAUGAUCCACGGCAGCGAUCUCAACCUCCUCCCAACCCAGCCAUGAACUCCAACUUUGCACCCGGUCGUCCAGAUCAGCCUUACAUACAUCCUUCCGUCAAACUCGAGCAGGACAUGCACGCUGGUCCAUCUACAUCUUUCGCUGGGCGCAGCCAUCAACCAUCCUCGAUGCCCUACCGUGAUCCCAUCUACGAUGACGGUCGUCCAUUCAGUUUCGCCUCGCAUCCACAACAAGACGGUCCUCGUCUCCCUUACUCUGAGGCAGCCCUCCCAGUUCAAUCCGCGUACGCCCCCGAUGCUAUUUAUGUCGCCUAUCCGCCACACCUGUCUAGCGCACCUGGGCCCAUGAUGGCCGCAUCCAGCAAUGGCCACGGACCAGCCGUAUCUGCGACACAUCCACUACCAGACAGCGUGGAUGGGCUGCAUCAACAAGUGACUCGAUCUAAACGUGCCAGAAAGGAGUCACCGGAUCACGAUGGCAGAUCUGCCGGUCCAUCUGCAACGCAGGCUGGCGGCUCUCCCGAAGAUGCUGAUGGUACAAAGUCAGAAGGAAGUGGCAACGUCACCAUGUUCCAAUGCAGAGGUUUUGGCGACUGCCGCAUGGUCUUUACAAGAAGCGAGCAUCUUGCGCGUCAUGUACGCAAACACACGGGCGAACGGCCCUUCCGAUGCCACUGUGGCAAAGCUUUCUCACGUCUCGACAACCUUCGUCAACAUGCACAAACCGUCCACGCAGACACGCCGGAGCGCAACGAGAUCAUGAUGCAGGAGCUCUCCUCACUUCAUGCCUCUCUAGCUCAAUCCGCCGCUCAAGCUCAACAUGCACACGCACAGGUUUUGGGUAAGAGCAGCUCGCCUGGCGCGCUCAUCGCAAGUCACAACCACACUGGACGCAGAGGCAAAGGAGGCGCCAAGACCAGCGCGGCUGCCAGAGCAGCACGUAAUGCGGACAGCAACCGUUCCGCAUCUCCCACCAUGUCUAAGCAGGAUCCGUCACAUCCAUCAGAUGCAUCCCUGCCAGGCAUGUAUGGUCCAGCUCCGGUCUACAACGCCCCUUUCGAUCCUAGCCAUCCUUCGGUGCCCGCCCCUGGAAGCACAGCCUUCUCCACAGCAGGUCAUCCAGCUGCGAUAUCGGAAUGGAACGGCCAAGCGCCUCAGUACGCGCAACAAGGCCUUAACGGCGGCGUACCUGUGCCCUUUGCCGCAGGCCAUCCGGGUCAGUCCUUUGCUGGUCCUCCCCCUCACAUGGCGCAGGCACCGCACGGGCCCUACUUCGCGUCGGAACCUGGCUCAGCCUCACUUGCUGCAGGUACCACAUCGGACUACAUGGCCUCUCAGAAUCCUUUCCAAGCCGAAAGUGGCCUCAUGCAGGAUCCACGCUCGCUACCCGAGGGCCAUCCAGACCGUUAUAUGGCCAGCUAUGACGCCUACGGUCGCCCUCUAGCUGGGACCACCGAAAGACGUACAUCAGGACAACUUGCUGCAGCUCAAGCUUGGCGAUCGAACGGUCCGCCCCUGGAAACAGCGCUUGCCGGCAGCCAAUACGCUGGCCCUGAGCCACAGACUUCCGAGGCCGGCAUACAAGGGCCUGCCUUCUCCAAUCCCUUCUGGCGCAAUUCGAAUGCAGGCGUGCUCUCUUCGAACGAAGACGCCUUCCCAUCGCAUUACCACAGUGGUUUGGCGGACGGCGAGUCACGCGAGGCAGACCAAGGCUCUCACUUCGAAUCGACUCUCUCAGCUCAUUUGCACAUGCGCACACCGACCUUGGCAAAGCGUGCUCGAGCAUCCAGCCCGCCACCUUCGCGAGGUAGUUUCCGGGCAUCCUUCGACGCAGGCUCAGCGCCACUUCUGCCGCCCCCUGGUAGCUCUCAUGGACGUCCACCGGGUAGCGCUCACGGCACCCGGCCUCUCACCUCGCACAAUCGCCCUGUGCUGCCACCUUUGUCGUCCAUCACGCCAAGUGCAAGUCGUCCAGGUACCGCUGCAGCGCUGGGCGGCAGCAGUCGACCUGGCACCAUGCUUUCGCAGAGACUACCGAGCAUCGACCAGCAGCUGCUUGCUACCUCUGCAGAGCUCGACCGCGCCGAAGAGGCCAAGAACGGCAGCAACUAUCGCCCUUACACCAGUCCAGCAGGAGCGAAUGCGGCGGAUGGCUCUCAGGCGCCCAAGCCAUCCCUCCCGCCUUCUUCGUUGCGAUCGGCGCGCCCAUCCUUCAGUCUGCGAGGCGAAGCCAGGUUGCCGAUCGCUUCGGAGCACGUGGAUCGACCCAACAACGGGUCGAUGACCUGGUAUAAUGACCGUCGACCGCUUACGUCUGGUUCGUCCAUCGCAGGCAAGCCGCGCGGCUCCAUGCAGGCGAGCGCCGAAGAGUUGCCCCCACUCUCUUCGACGCUGGCCAUCUUGGACGAGCGCAGAGAUCCGCGGGCUUCUGAAGCGCGCCGUGGCUCAGCCUACGAGCUCAUCGGGAAUGACUCUCGAAGGUCCAGAGUUGGCUCUUCCUAUGGUCAUCGCGAAGAGCUCGGACAAACGAGAUUGCAGACCGACAGCUCGGAUCUCCGGACGAGCCCGACCAACAAUGCGUCGCCUUUCAUGUUCCAACCGCCACCCCUGCCUCGCGAAAGUAGCGCUGCUUCCAUGCGACCAUCGAUCGACCGUCUUGGCGGUGGCUCUGGUCAAGAUUGGCGCCGACCCAGCUCUAGUACAGCGCCAGAUGCGCAUGCCAUUUCUCGCAGACUGGGCUUGAGCAAUGGAGCGACGCUUGGCUUCGGCUCAAGCAUUCGUGGAGAGGGAAGCAGCUCGCGACCGGGAUCGAGCAGCAGUGCCGCUCUUGGCGCGCGCGAGCUGACGUUGCCACCGUUGAAAUCUGGCCUUGGUCCGAGUCGACCGGGCUCGAGCUCGAUCGCUAUGCUGCUACAGGGUAGCGAAGACAGCGGAGCCGGCCGCAGAUCGAGCAGUUGGUCACGUCCGCUCACCUCGGGCGAUGCUCCCGCACCGCGAUUUGGCAGCAGUAAUGGUUACAGUCGCAUGCCGUCUUCGCGAGAUGGCCCUUCUAGCGAUGGUGAGGAAGAUCCGUCUGGGCGUCGCUGUUCGCUGAUCCACGAGCAACGCGGCUCUACUCGAGAAGGUCUAAUGCGUCGGCCUUCCACUUCGGCUGGAGCAGGCUCAACUCGCUUUGCCCCUAGCCACGAUGAUCGUUAUGGAUCUUCGAGCCCUAUGGGCUCCUGUCGUGACAACGAUUCCUAG